AUGGAGGCGAGACAAGUUUUAAUACGAACGAGAAUAAUUGUUGGAGGUGGAAAUUAUGCUCUUGAAAACGGUAUAAUAAAGAAAGAUGAAGAAGAAGAAGAAGAAUGGUUCGAUAUGCCGGUCUCACAAGAAAUGACGAGGUACGAAAGGAUACGAAAAGAAGAGAUAGAUGCAAACAAAAAAGGUUCGAGUAAGGUUGAAAUUCAUAACAGGUAA